UUGUUGUUCCUCUUUGAGCUUUAAUUUGUUCAGUAGAUUCAGAAUGUGAAGAUGAAUUAAUCUGGAACUUGGUGAAACUAUUAUUGAGUUUAAAGCUGAGCAUCAAAGUUGAUCCGGUGAUUAGCUGAUCUCAGCUUUUCAUCAUCAUCCCGAUAAUUGUGAAAUAUAUAAAGUGCCUAAAGGAUUAUAUUUAAAUCAGGUGAUAACAAUUUGUUACCAAUAUCCAAAGGAAAUCCUAACAAUCAGCAAUGAAACAACAAUUUAAUUCAGAACCAAUUGAAUCGGAUUAUUUUAUCGCUGAAAAAAUUGGCAGUGGUCAAUUUGCUACUGUCCGUCGAUGUAUUGAAAGGUCAUCGGGUAAAGAGUUCGCAGCUAAAUUCGUCCGUAAGAAACGUAUCAUUGGCUCGAGACGAGGAUUAACAUUGGAAGACAUUGAACGUGAAGUUAAUAUACUCAAGAAAUUAAAUCAUGACAAUAUCGUUAAAUUAUAUAACGUUUACGACAAUGGAAAUGAAGUUAUCCUGAUACUUGAAUUGGUCAAAGGUGGUGAACUUUUUGAUUACCUGGCAGGUAAAGAGGGACUUGAAGAGGGUCAAGCGAUUGCAUUUAUUAGACAAAUUUUACUUGGACUUGACCACAUGCAUUCAAAAAACAUUGUCCACUUGGAUCUUAAGCCUGAAAAUAUUAUGUUACUUGACAAAGAAACACAAAGAUUAAAGCUAAUCGAUUUUGGAUUAUCUCGAGUGGUCAAUACUGGUUCAGAUAUACGAGAGAUACUUGGUACACCAGAAUUUGUUGCUCCGGAGAUUAUUAAUUAUGAACCAAUUACUUUAGCAACCGAUUUAUGGAGUGUCGGUGUUAUCACAUAUAAUUUAUUAACUGGAGCUUCACCUUUCCUUGGUGAUACCAAGCAAGAAACUUUUACCAAUAUAACUACAGUUGAUUAUUUUUUUGAUUCAACUCAUUUUAGUGAUUUAGCUCAACAUUUUAUAUCAAAUCUAUUGGUUAAAGAUGGCAGGAAACGUUUAACCGUUGAUCAAUGUCUAUCCCAUGAUUGGAUUAAAUCAAGAGACUCUCAUUUACUCAGUGAAACUGUGAUACAAUUAACUAAUCCAGUAAUCAACUAUCAACCUCAGAUAAUUAAUAUUAAAGCUCGGAAUAAGUGGAAAGCAACUUAUCAGAUUAUCCGAACCUGUAAUCGUCUAACCAAGGAGAUUAACAAUCAAGUUAAUUGUCAAAGUGUUGAUAGUUUAAUUAACUCAUUUCCAGCCCGAUUUUUCAGUGAAAAAGAGCAAGAUGAAAACUUUGUCCUGGCAGCUCUGUUUGGUGCGGUUGAAGAAGGUAAUCUGAAUGGACUCCAAGAACUGGUCAACAUGUCCAAGAUUGAUAUUAACCAAGCUAAUACGCAUGGGGAAACGGUUGUCCAUGUUGCUGCUGGUUUAGGACAAUUGGAGAUUCUCAAAUUUCUGAUUAAAAAAGGAGCCGACUUUACUCUAGUCGAUAAUCAUGGGGACAGUGCCAUUUAUUGGGCGGCAAGACAAGGGCACACUCAAAUUAUUCGUUACCUUUACGAGAAAGGAUUAGAUGUUGAUAGUAAAAAUAAGGCUGGUGAAACUGCUGUUCAUGUUGCUGCUCGUUAUGGUCAUGCUGAUGCAAUUGAACAAUUAUGCAAAUGUGGUGCCAAUGUUAAUGUAGCUGAUGAUCACGGUGAGACCGCUCUUCACAUCGCUGUUUGGCAUGGAUUCCCCAGAAUCGUUCAUGUUUUAGGUGAAGUUGGAGCCCAAGCGAAUGUAAAAAAUAAGGAAGAUGAAACUGCUCUUCAUUGUGCCGCUGCAAGAGGUCACAUUGAAAGUGUCCGUUGUCUACUUGAAAUUGGUGUUGAUUUGAAUCUGCUUGAUAAGAAUGGAUGUUCAGCUCUUCAUUUAUCUCUUCGUCGUCAUCAUAUAAUCGUUGGCUUGAUGUUAAUCCAUGGAGGUGCUGAUAUCGAAAUCGCUGAUUCGAUUGGAGAGAAACCGAUUCAUAUUGUUGCUCGAGAAGGUCUUUUGUCUGUUUGUCAAUUACUCUGUUCUCUUAAUUGUUCAGUUAAUGUUUGCAACAAAUCGGGUCUUUAUCCGAUUCACUUAGCGGCUAAAAAUGGUCACAUUGAAAUCGUUCGUACCCUUUGUUUAACUUCCUGUAUCAUUGAUCAGAAAAAUCGUGAUGGAAUCACCGCUGAAAUUUCAGCUUUAGCCCAAGGAUUUAAAGAUAUUGCUGAACUAUUGGUUUCCAUUAAAAAUGAGACUCUUCGAGCCGAAUAUAUCAACUCAUUGAUUCCCUCUGGUGAACCUUUAACACGAGUUAAACUAAAACUUUUGGGUCACUCAGGGGUUGGUAAAACAACACUUGUUGAAUCCCUCAAGUGCGGCUAUUUUUCAUCCUGGUUUCGCAGGUCAUCUCGUGGUGUCACCGCUGCCACCGCUUCAGCAGUAGUCGCUUCCCUUCCAAGUAUUGGUAAACGAUCAGUUUUGGCUAAAAAUUCAAUAUCCUCAUCAAAAUCUAGUCUUGAUGCUUCACCACCUUUAACACCAACCACGGCGACAUCAUCAUCUUCAGCUUCCUCUUCCGCCGGUGGAUCGUCUAGUAGCAAUUGUGGCAGUGGUUCGUCUGCCACCAGUGGUAUUGGUAGUUCAAUAUCUUCGAUAGCAACUUCCUCGACAAACUAUGGAAAUGGUAAACACUCAAACCAUAGUGGUUCCGGAAGUGUCAUUGGUAGUACACUUUCCAAUGGGAUGAUCGGUGGAGGACAUUUUCAUGGUUCUUUUGAAUUUUGUAGUAGCCUUCAUCAUGAAAAUUCAACCCGAGGAAUCGAUGUGACUAACAUUUCACCCUCCGGCGUUGGUGACCUGAGUGUUUGGGAUUUCUCUGGAUGUGAGAGUUACCUUCAAGUUUACGAUCACUUUUUAAAUGAACCAAAUUGUAUUCAUGCCAUAUUAUUUCGUGCCUGUGAUCGACUGGACAUUCAAAUGAAUCAGGUUCUCUAUUGGCUCAACUUUCUUCAAAGUCGAUUACCAGUUGUUGAACCUUUAGCUUUCGGAGGUAAAAGCCAAUUUCCAGCCAAAGUAAUUUUAAUCGCAACCCAUGUCGAUCUAUUAUCAAAUAGGCCAAAUUUUCACGCUUAUCCAAUUAACAACAAUACGAACACCAAUACAACCUCAUCUAAUUCAAUGUCCUCCGUUUCACCCUCUUCUGUUGAUUUUGUCAACAGAGAAGUGGCCACUGUUUACCAAGUUGUAAUGGAAAAAUUUUCCACCGUUUUCGAUAUUCACAAUCAAGUUCUUAUCAUGGAUUCUCAUGCUGUCGGUUCUCAGGCCAUGAAGCAGUUUAAAAACUAUUUGUCAACCAUUCGGGUUAAACUAUUGGAAACAUUGUCACCUUCAAGUGGACUUUUGGAAUCGGUCAUGAGCGCAUUGAAUCAUUGGAGAAAAGCUUUAUCAAACUUUCCAAUUCUAACCUAUGGUCAAUUAAUUACCAUGAUUCGUGAACAAAUUAACCCGCUAACCGGUGAAGAGCAUGUUAAUCAAAUUUUCCGUCAAUUAGUUUCAAUGGGUGAAAUAUUUUACCUAAAAUCUAAAAAUGAUCAAGAUUUAAUUGUACUCUGUCCUAAAUGGUUAACCUCAACGGUUGUCGGUAACCUCUUAAGUGAAGAUCAAAUAAUGAAAAGUCCAAUUUCAGGCCGAUACUCUGUUGAUGAGAUGCAAGACCUUUUCCCGUCCGUUGAUGCACUUGAUUUACUUCAAGUUUUGGAAUCACUUUCCCUUUGUACUCAAUGUGAUUCCGGUGGUGAUAUUGAAUAUGAAUUCCCAUAUUUUAUUAAACAAGAGAGACCUGAAAGUCCAUUACUCAUUGCAGACUCAUUGGAUGACCAUCAUUCUCACCAUGAUCAUCACCACCAUCAAACCAGCAAUAAUCAUCAUCGUAACAAUUCACCUGAAUCAUCAACCGAUGGAUCAACGAGCUCAAAUCAUCAUAAUAACAAUAACAAUCAUAGUAAUACAAUUAUGGCCGGAAUUCGGUUGCAAUGUGAUCCAGAUACUCCGUCUGGUACAUUAUUGACCUGCCUUUUCCCUCGACUUCAAACAAUUUUACGUUCAUUGGUCCAGGAAAACAACGAUAUUGACAAUUCCCUAAAAUUGGAACAAUUUUGCAACACAGUUAAACUUUCUUUCGGCCCAUUAACGGCAACCCUAAUACCAACAAUACUUUCCUGUUCCCUUCAAUAUGAGGCCAUUGAAUUACGAGUAAUUGGCCCUCGAUGUAAACCAUUAGACGCUUUUCACUUUUUCUAUGAUCUUUUAUCCCUAAUUGAAUCUUCCAUUGGUUCCAUGGCUCCAGCGCUUCUACUCCACCGACACUAUUUAAGUCCAAUGGAACUGGCCAAACAUAAACUUCACCCAUUAACCUAUUCACCAUCUCAAUUGAUUGAUGUUGCCCUUAAAUCAUCUCACCCUCUGGAAGAAACAUUAACACCAACCAUUAAUGAUUCACCUUCAUUUCCAUCUUCAUCACUUAUCUCAUCAGUUUCCUCUUCCUGUUCAUCUUCAGUCUCACCAUCUUCCGAUAAAGGAAGAUCUCUAAUCGGCUGUGGUGAACGUUUAGCUGAUGUAAUUUCCUUUGGCUGUAGUAACCUUAAUUUUGAUAUUGAUUCACCUUUAAGCGAAACAACAAAAAAAGUCACUUCAUCAUCAUCAUCAUCAUCAACAACAACAACGACAACAACAGCAACUAUGUCAACCACCAAUCCAACAACUUUAGCCACUAAUUUAGCCUUUGCCAAAUCACGAGAACCAAAUGAACUUGAUUUGCGACAACCUCAAGUUUCUGGUCUUUUCUAUGUACCACCAUCAGUCCCACCAUUAAUUUUACCACCAUCACCAUUAAUUAACAACAAAGGAACAACAUAUUAUAAUCACUCGCCAUUAUCUGUAAAUUGUUCACCAGGAUCAACAGGAAACACAACAACAGCAGCAACAACAUUUGGACCAAUCUCUUUAAAUCCAACCCUUGUUGGUGAUUUACACAUUAAUAAUCUUCCAGUGGUCACCAAGCAGCGACUCUGCGCUUUGCUUGACCCUCCCGAAUCAAUGGGAAAAGAUUGGUGUAUGUUGGGAAUUAAAUUAGGUUUAACUGAUAAAUUACCUAAAUUAGAUCCUGGUAAUAAUACAGCGAUCAGUCCAACCUGGAGGGUUCUCGAUGAAUGCUGCCGUAAUCCCUAUUGUACAAUUUCACUGUUAAUCGCCAAACUUCAGGAAUUAUCUCGUUUGGAUGCAGUUAAUUUAGUUCUGACCUCAGUUCCAAUAUUAAAAGUUUUCCCGCUCUUCUCAAACAUGGACUCAACUUGUCCACCUCUUUCCGAUGAAACCUCAUCCUCAGUGCCUACAUCAACUGUAACCAGUUCACCAUCACAAGCAUCCAGUUCUAAUUUAUCUCGUUAAAUUGGUUAAAUUAACCGAACAAUUAAGAAAAAUUUUUGUAAAAUCUUUCAAAUUAUUAUUAUAAUUAUUAAUUGUCACUUGAAAAUUUGCUUAAAAGUUUCUUCUGAUAACUUUUAACCAUUUCAAUAUUUCUACAAUUAGUUUUGUAUUUUAAAAUGAUUUCAACUGGAAAUUAUUUCACUUUAAUUAGUUUUAAUCAUAAUUAUCACAGUGAUUUACAAGUCACAACAAUCAAAACAAAACAGAAACACCAUCAUCAAAGUAAAACAAAAAAAGGUCACCUUAAUUGUCCUCUUCCUAGUCCAUUGUGUGUUGUAAACAAACAAAAUUAUGAUUUAUUUUAUCAAUUGUAAUCUGUUGAUUGUGUCAUUAUUUUUAAUUAUCGAUGUUCAAUCAUAAUUAAUUAUCUUCCAUUGGCCUUUGAUUUGUGUCUUUCCCUUUUAAAUCACAGAUAUAAAACAAUGAUCACCAUUAUAUCAACAAUUAAUCGUCUCACAAUUGAUUAACAACAAUUCAAGUGCCAUCUUGAAAUUAAAAACAAUCAAUACAUUUGAAAAUUUAAUUAAA